AUGCGUGUUCUCACACUCUUAAAAAGUGUCCUGCAGGGAACCCGCAGGGGAAAGGAGGAAAAGGACUCAGGGCUUUCUUGGAGAAAAGGCGUCGGUGAGGAGCCAGUCAACGUCUGCAGACCUGAGUUCCUCGUGCCCUCACUCCAGGCGUUGUGCACUGUGGCUCCUGCACGCUCUGCCGACUUGGAACCUGGAUACUCCAGCUCUUGCCAAGGUGCUGACUUGCUUAAGAAGCCUAUGCUGUGCACCCCAGACACAGACGCCAAUUAUCUAUGUGGUGCCUCAAUCCUGGCAGUAGCAAUUUGGCUACGAGUAGGCAAAGAUGGUCCAGAGAUUCUCAGUCCUGGGGAUGCUACCAUUAACCCCUAUAUUGCUGUGAAUAUCUUGAUUGUUGUGGGUGCUAUCAUCAUGAUUCUGGGUUUCCUGGGAUGCUUUGGUGCCAUGAAAGAAAACCAGUUCAUGCUUUUUUUGUUUUUCGUAGGAUUGAUUCUGAUCCUACUUCUGCAAGUGGUGGCAGGUAUCGUAGGAGCUACUAACAAAUCUAAGACUGAACGUGCUCUGAAUGAGACUCUCCAGACUAAUGUACAUCUUUUGAGUGCAACAAAUGAAAAUGGAAAACUAUUCCAGAAAGCCUUUUCUGAAAUUCAAGAACAGUUAAAAUGUUGUGGUUUGAUCAAUGGAGCUUCUGAUUGGGGAAAUAAUUUUCAAUACUAUUACAAGUCAUGUGAAUGUCCAAGUGCAUCAGAUUCUUCUUGUACAAAGUAUGAUGGAAAAACUAUUUACAAACAGUCAUGCUUUUCUUUGAUAAGAUGCUUAUUUUCAAGAAGUCUUUCCAUAGUUAUUGGACUAGCGUUUGGACUGGCAGCUGUUGAGGUACUUGGUCUGAUAUUUUCUAUUGUCCUGUACUGCCAGAUCAGGAAGAAAUAA